AUGCCUGAGAGAUCCACUACAGAAGCGAUCUACCUUCUUAGGAGGCUUAAGGAAAAAGCCAGAACCUACAAGAAGGAUCUUCAUAUGGUCUUCAUUGACCUAGGAAAGGCCUACGACAGGGUUCCCAGAGAUCUAAUCUGGCAGGUUUUAGGGAAGAAAGAAGUGUCAAGUAAAUAUGUGGAUAUACUUAAAGACAUGCAUGGAGAUGUGGUGACUAGUGUGAGAUCUGUGGGAGGCCAAGGUGUUGAGUUCUCGAUUAAUAUUGGAUUACAUCAAGGAUCCGCAUUGAGCCCUUACCUAUUUACACUACUCAUGAAUGAAUUAACCAGGAAUAUUCAAGGAGAGGUCCCGUGGUGCAUGCUUUUUGUAGAUGAUAUUGUACUGAUCAGUGAAACAGUGCCAGAGAUUAAUGUUAAGUUGGAACUAUGGAGAUAUACUUUAGAAUCGAGAGGUCUUAAGAUAAGUAGAACAAAGACGGAAUAUAUGAAGUGUAACUUCAGUCGAUUGAAGAUUGAUAGCGAGGAAGUGAAAAUUGAGGCGAGAGAGAUCCCGCAAUGUAAUUGUUUCAGAUAUCUGAGCUCUACGUUAAACAAAUAA